AGAUCCGCUCUCUGAAAAAAAGGAAAAAGAGAAAACAAAAAACUUCUCUCUCCACCCGUGUGGGGAUUUCUUUACUAAUGCUCUUAUUAUCUCUUUUUCAUCCAUGACUUCUCUGCCCUUUGCAAAGAAAACUUAGUGUCACCGUGCUCUUAUCCGUAAUACUUUUUACCAUGCAUUUCAGUCGUGCGCUAUUAUGGACGACAUAUCUUUUUCACUCCAGGGUUCCGGGAACCGCAUCAAUGGUUUUCCCCGGCCAAAAGCCAACCUCGAUCAGCCCGACUCCGACCAUCUUUGCCUUGGAGCCACGAGCAGAUUCCAAGCCGACACCGUUCGUCGAUGCUGAUGGUCGUGUCAAAAACAACAUAGUUAUAUCUAAUUCGAACGGGCAGCUCGUCGAACAGACGGUUUGCGGCUAUACAGCGGGACAUUCUGGAAGUCCCCGCUAUGCCCCGGCUGGGUUUGACUGUCGUGUCGACCGCCAAAACUCACUUUUCGGUAUUUGUGAGACUGAGAUCGCGGCUGCGACACAAUGCGGGUUUGUAAUAGCCUGUGUAGAUUCAUUCAGGUGCACAAGUGGCUGUGGCAAUCUGGAUCCCAAGUUCCAGAAUUCUGGCUCCGCCUACAAGACGGCAACCUGUUCUCGAGACACUAAUGUCCCCUAUUGCUGGGACGUUGUGCUCGAUGUCGCACCACAAUCACAAUAUACGUGGCACGCCUGCGGUCCCUUUUCCAGCUCUACACACACAUACCUGCUCACCCCAACCCCGCUCAGCUUGCCAUCAUAUUGGAUCAGCGCGCAAUCUGAUUCAAGCACAGCCUCAAGUUCUACACUGGCGACUUCUAAUCCUGCAUCGGGAAGCAAGUCUGCAAAUGGCAGUAGCGAUAGCACCGGUGUGAGCAGUGGACAAGAUGCCCCAGGUACUGGUAGUGGACAGAGCGAUGCAAACAACGCUCCCCCAAUCGGUGUCAUAGUCGGCGCCUCGCUCGCCGGCCUGCUGGUGCUUUGCUGCACAGUUCUGGUGGCUUUGUGGAUUCUAAAGAGACGCGAUAGCAGCAACACCAGCACAGACAUGUCGGUCUCAAACUGGCACCAGCAACAGCAAAUGUCGCCGGCCUCGAAUACAUGGCCUUACAUGGAGGCCAAGUUUGAUAGCUCGGCGCGGGCGGUGGAAGUUGGACCUGGACAGCACAUGGCUUCUACUAAUGAGUUGCCAGUAUUAAGAAACUACGUGGAGAUGGAGGCACCAGGGCAGAAUAUUUACCGUGCACAAAACACCAUUUGACGACGAACUGGCCAGUACGGGUCUUGAUGGUCACUCUGUAAUCAAAAUUUCAAAAUUGAAACCUUGACAGAAUGCUCACUGUCGGCACCUUGCCUUGGGAAGUGCCGUACAAUUAAUUCAUCAGUCCCAAUCCUAGUUUGGUGCAAAAAAGAAAAAAAAGAAAGAAAAAAAAAAGCAUAAGAUAUGACAGCCUGCGCCGACUCGAUUCGUUUUUUUGGUUACAUCCCCGUAAGGUCGCUGUGUAGGAUUAGCAAUUGCGA